AUGGUAGAAGCUCACAGCGCUUUGCAUUCCAUGCCCGGAGCAUUGCUGCGUGGUGUGGAUCCGUGGAUGCUGGGAUAUGUUAGUCCGGGUCUAGAACCUCUCACAGGCAUGGAAGGAAUCUAUCUUGCUGCUGCCAAGGCUUGCUCGCGUCUCGCCGAAAGCUCCCCCAAGCAAGAUGCAGGCUGGUGGAUGGAAACUGGGAUGAGGGUCUACUCCGGAGCAGCGGCAAAGGGAUUCAUCGACUCGGACAUCAAAGUCGCGAAUGCGGUGAUGGAGAUGCUUGCCAAGCUCGGCUCCACGGUGGAAGCUCGCAGAGUUUUCGAUAGGAUGGCGAUCCAUAGCUGCGUCUCCUGGACAGUGCUGAUGCUGGGACACGUCGAGAACGACGAGGCGGGGCUGGCUUUGCUGUGCUUCGAUCGCAUGAAGAUGGAAAGCUCGUGCUCGCCCGACGCUAGAGUUUUCGUGGCGGCUCUCAAGGCGUGCUCGGGCAUUGCUUCCAAGGAGGAGGCUUUCGAGGAGAUUGGCGGAAAGGCCGUGAAGCUGAGGUGUUUGGAGAGAGGGAUGGCGAUUCACUCGCAGGCUGUGGAGCUCGGAUGCAACGAGGCCAACAAGUUUGUAGCGAGCUCGCUGGUGGAUAUGUACUCCAACUGUGGAAGUUUGCUCGACGCUCGGAUGGUUUUCGACAAGAGUUUCGUGCUCUUUCUCGACGACGUCGUGCUCUGGAACGCAAUGCUCCAUGCGUACGUGGAGAAUGGAGAGCCCGAGAUGGCCGUCCGAGUCUUCGAUUCCAUGCGACGGCUCAAAAGCUCCGCUGCUCCAAACACUCGGACUUACUCCACGGUUCUCAAGGCCUGCUCGAGCUUGGCGAGUGAAGAGGAAGGCCAGACGCUAGAAACAGGAGGAGUUGUCAAGCUUUCCUCGCUGGAGAGAGGCAUGGCUCUCCACUCGGAGGUGUCGAGGCGGGGAUUUCAAUUGGACAGCUUCGUUGCCAGUACGCUCGUGAGCAUGUACGCGAGCUGUGGAAGCAUGGUGGACGCUCGCAGAGUCUUCGAUGGCUUGCUCAACCGGAACGUCUUCUCGUGGACAGUUUUGGUGCUCGGCUACGCCUCAAGCGGGGAAGAGGCCUCGGCACUCCACUGCUUGGAGCUCAUGAGAGACGAAGGCCUGGUUCCCGAGAGCCCGACUUUCGUCGCCGCUCUCAAAGCUUGCCAGAGCCUGGACGCAACUCUAGCAGUUCACGCCGAGAUCAACAGGUAUGGAGCGCUCGUCCACUUCGAUUCUCCGCUCGCCACCUCGAUCAUCGAUGUCUAUGGAAGAUACGGCGAGGUGGCGAAAGCCCAGCAAGUUUUCGACUCGCUCCCAUCGUCCCGGAGCGGGAAAGCAACUUGGACCGCGCUGCUCGCUGGAUUGAGCCGCAGUGGCGAGAGCGAUCGAGCCUUGGAGCUCUUCGAGAGGAUGCUGGGCGAAGGCGUGGAUCCAGACGCCACCACCUUGCAGUGUGUGCUGAGCUCUUGCAGCCACUCUGGCCGGAUCCAAGCCGGGAGGAAGCUCUUCGACACGAUGGAGCAAAAGUUUGGGAUCCAGCCGUGCGUGGAGCACUACAUUUGCGUGGUGGAUCUGCUGUGCCGCGCGAAUGAGCUCCAGGCCGCGGUGGAGCUCCUCAGAUCGAUGCCUUUCAAGCCGACUGCGGUGGGAUGGACGAUCCUUCUCGCGGGGUGUGAGAAGUGGAAGAACUUGGAGAUUGGGCGAGUGGCAUUCGAGGCGCUGCUGGGAGUGGAAGAGACGAGAGAUGGAUCGAGCUAUGCCUACGUACUCAUGGAGAACAUUUACAAGCAAAGAGAUCAUGGAAUAACUUAA